GGGCUGUCACUAAGGACUGGGGCUGUCUCCAAACCUCCACUUAACUUUAAAUCACAUCGUGGUCUGCUGACGCUCACUUUGCAUCCUCCUCUCCUUCCCUCUCACUCCUCUCUGCAUCUGCUGGUUUCUCUCCCUGUCAGCCUCAGGCUCUGGUGCAAGAACUUCUUCUAAACAUCUGCAACAGCUUUUGCGCACACACGCGCUCUCACAAAGAAAAAAAGAAACUAUAAACUCCUCUUUUUGAAGCUUGCAAGACACAGAAAGACAACCGUCGCCAUGGAGGCCAUCAAGAAGAAGAUGCAGAUGCUGAAGCUGGAUAAGGAGAACGCCCUGGAUAGGGCAGAACAAGCUGAGGCAGACAAGAAGUCAGCAGAAGAUAAAUGCAAAGAGCUGGAGGAUGAGCUGGUCGCCCUGCAGAAGAAAUUAAAAGCAACAGAGGAUGAGUUGGACAAGUAUUCUGGAGCCUUGAAGGAUGCUCAGGAGAAACUGGAACAAUCGGAGAAGAAGGCCUCAGAAGCCGAGGGCGAAGUGGCCUCUUUGAACCGCAGGAUCCAGCUGGUGGAGGAGGAGCUGGACCGUGCACAGGAGCGUCUGGCCACAGCCCUGCAGAAGCUGGAGGAGGCCGAGAAAGCUGCAGAUGAGAGUGAAAGAGGCAUGAAGGUUAUUGAGAACAGAGCGCUUAAAGAUGAGGAGAAGAUGGAGCUCCAGGAGUUCCAACUCAAAGAAGCCAAAAACAUCGCAGAGGAGUCCGACCGCAAGUAUGAGGAGGUUGCCCGUAAACUGGUUAUCGUUGAGGGGGAUCUGGAGCGAGCAGAGGAACGGGCAGAAGUUUCAGAACUCAAAUGUGGUGACCUGGAAGAAGAGCUAAAGAAUGUCACCAACACCCUUAAGUCUCUUGAGGCCCAGUCUGAAAAGUACUCUGUGAAAGAAGACAAAUAUGAGGAAGAUAUCAGAGUCCUGACUGAGAAACUUAAGGAGGCGGAAACCCGUGCAGAAUUUGCAGAAAGGUCUGUGUCUAAACUGGAAAAGACCAUUGAUGACUUAGAAGAGAGCCUAUCAGCUGCAAAAGAGGAAAACCUAGGAAUGCACCAAGUCCUGGACCAAACGCUGCAGGAGCUCAAUAGCUUGUAAAAUGCAGAGAAGAACAUCAAACAUUAAAAUCAAAUUAAGAAAAAAAAAAAGGUAUUUCCUUCAUGCCAUACAACUGUGUUUCAGUUUUCUCUUAAUCAUGUUCAUUUUUUUUUAAACACAUGUACCCAUUUAUAUAUUUAUGUGUUUUUGUUUGUUUUUUGGUUUUCUUUUUUUUAUGGUUUUGGGUCCAUAUGAUACUCAAUUUCUGUGCUGUUGCAGACAAAACUGAGCACAAAUAAAUUUUUUGAUGAUGGA